AUGAGGAAUUUGCAGCUCUUAUUGAAUCAAACCCAAAAGAUAAGACUGCAAACUGCUCUUGAGAAGCUAGAGUCUCUCUCUUCUAAGUCCAACUCUAACUCCUGUGUCACAGUUGCUGAUAGCAUCCCCAUUUAUGAAGAUGGCAUCCUCAAGGGCCAUGGAACAUCAGAUCGUAAGGGUGAGCUGGUUGCAACUGUCUGUGGAGUAGUUGAGCGCAUCAACAAGUUGAUAUAUGUGCGCACUUUACGCUCCAGAUACAAGCCGGAGACUGGAGACAUUGUAAUAGGACGUGUUAUUGAGGUUGCUCCAAAGCGAUGGAAAUUGGAAAUAAAUUUCACCCAAGAUGCAAUUUUGAUGCUUUCUUCAAUGAACCUGCCUGAUGGAAUUCAGAGGAGGAGAACUGCUGUGGAUGAACUCAACAUGCGCAGUAUUUUCACAGAGAAUGAUCUUGUGUGUGCUGAAGUUCGUAGUUCCCAGAAUGAUGGCAGUUUACAGCUCCAAGCAAGAAGUCAGAAAUAUGGAAAGCUUGAGAAGGGCCAAUUGCUGAUGAUCGAUCCCUAUCUAGUGAAGAGACGGAAACAACAUUUUCACCACCUGGAACAGUAUGGAAUUGACUUGAUACUUGGAUGUAAUGGGUUCGUCUGGGUGGGUGAACAUGUUGAAGCUAGAGAUACUAUUGUAGUAAAUGAUUCUGAACAGCUAGCUAAGAAAUCUGGUGGAACUUCCAUGGAUCUCGAUGAGCAAGUUGAAAAUCACACCCCACCGGAAACACGGCAAAACAUAUGCAGAAUUGCUAAUGCCAUCCGUGUCUUGUCUGCAUUGGGUUUCAAUGUAAUUUUAGAAGUGAUAAUGGAAACAGUGAAGUUGAGCAACACCAUGAAUCUUGACAUUCAUGAGAUGCUUGGAUCUGAGUUUUACGUUCUCGUCGCAGAGAAAGAGGCAGAAAGGCGAAGCUCAUUAAGCAAAAGGAAAAAGUGAUUUUAGCGUGUAAUCUUAGAACCAAAUUUUGAGAGAAUUUUUCUUUUUCAUACAUAGGAAAUGAGGAUGAGUCUUGUUGUGAGGUGAAAAGGAAGAAUUAUUUGUAUUCAAAUAUUUAGUUUAAAUGUAAUAUAUAUGACUGACUGAAUUUGAUUGUUUUUGGGUCGCACUUGUUGAUUUUA